AUGACAUUUGUCCUGAUUGAGUCUAUUUUGGGACAAUAUGGGUACAAUCCAAGUGAUUUGAUUUACGUUAGGGACGUUACCAAAAAUCUAGUGGAUGGUUUACAACUAGUUUCCUCGGAUUAUGAUGUGGCGUAUCUGGUUUCCAAACAUGUGGAUACUCCUGUUGUAGAGCUUUAUAUUGUUUCUUUCCAAAGUAAUGUAGGGGAGGAUGGGGAAGAAUGGGAAAAUGAUAAAGAGGGAGAUGAUGGAGGUAGGGUUGAUUAUAACGACACAUGGUGGGAUGAUAAAAUAAGUGAUGAUGAAGAUGUUUUUGAUUACCUGGUGGAUAGUGCCGGCUCCCCAACAAUGCUUGAAACGGAUGAGGGUGUGGAGGGUGAUCGGGAGGAUAGGGAUAAGGAUGGGGAUGGGAAUGGGGAUGAGGAUGGGGAUGGUGAUGAUGGUGCUGAUGUAGAGGGUGGGGGUGGGGUGAGAGAGUAG